AUGGUCUUACAAGAACACCUGCCGCCAGGCCUCUGCUGCGCCAGUGCUCUUCGAGCAGACAACCUCGUUAUGGAAACGGAGCUCGACUUCCAGACAACCCCUACCUGUAGCUGCAGCGAUGCCAGCGUCUGUGAUCGCCUUCCCGAUAACGGCACCAGUGCCGAGAGAGAGGAGAAUGCAGGAGAGCCCCAACAACAAGCACAGGGCGAGCAGCAACAAAAUGGCAAGGACCCGGCGGCCGAGCUCGCCUCCAUCAUGACGGCGACCUCGAACCCCGUGUCCCCUGGCACGUCCAGUCCACCACUGGAUCAAGCCAGACGCCAGGACUUCACUCCCCCCACACGUCCAAGCAGCACGCCAUUCCCUCAGCUCGGCCCGCGCAGCACCGACCUGGACUGUAGCAGCUGUCCCUAUGGGCCCACAACGUACGGAACUUCAGGAAGUCCCGAGCUCGAAGCCAUCCCUACAUCUGAACCCCCUGCUGCCGAAGCUGCUGCCCCCGUCAGAUAUUCGAUUGCCAACCUCCCCGCGGAAAUCCACGAGUGCAUCCUCGACCACCUGUUCGGCUUCCGGGUCUCGGCCACUUCGCGGUCUUCCAUCACUCGUUGGGGAACUGCCCUGCGCCAUCCCCGCCGUCGUGAACUCUCCGAGCUUGCUCUCGUCAGCCGUGCCUGGCGUGACCUGAUCCAGGAGCGGCUCUUCCGGCAUAUCAAACUUAAAGCAUCGAUUGCAUCGCUGGAACAGGCUACAGUGUUUUUCGAGGAGCAUCCCCAUCUCAGGGAUUAUGUCAAGCACGUGGAGCUGUGGUUUCCCGUGUUCCAUGCUCGCUUUGGGCCGCUGCAUCUGUCGAAUGUCAACUCGUUGCCGCAUGUCACACCGGAGGGGCUCACGGCUGCGCAUUAUUGCUUGCCGGUCGAUAACUGCUCGCUGGAGGAAGCGUUUCAAUUCGUGAAGGACGUGUUGCCAGGAGCAUGCAUAUUGACACUGGAGGGCGGCGAGCGGAAGAAGGCACCGAAAGUUCGGUACUGGGUCCGCGAUCCCGCCACGCCAGAUGUCCCGCCACGGGUUAUGCCCCAGAUUCCGGGAAUCAGGACGUUGAUAUGCCGGGGCCAAUGGAAUUUGAUUCGCAGCGUGGAGGAUUUUCGAACCAUCAUGUCGGCGCUGCCGAACCUGCUCGAGUGGCAUGGGUCAUAUAGUAAGCCGAAGUCGAAGAGUUAUUUGACUAUGGCCGAGGUCCUCCCCCACGUGAGACGGCUGGAUCCAGGACUGACUGCACUCACUCUGUGCAUUGAGGGGGAUUAUCGGCGCGAACCUGCGAUUCCCCCUUUCUUUCAGAAGGUUGCUCACCGCGUGCAUUUCUGCCAUCGCAUGGCCGUAGCUGCCUCAUCCCCUAGUCUAGAAAACUUUGUUUAUACCGGUAGGGUUUGUAAAGGGUUCUUUCUGGAAUUGUUGCGCCUGCUGGGCAACGAAGAUGAUGAGAAGCUGUGGAAAGGGCAGUCCAGGGAGAGAAAGCUCAGAUCGAUCGAUCUUACCGUCAAGAACUGCUGUCGCAAACGCGAUGAGAACCUACACGAUACAGGUUCGGGUAUCACAGAAAUGAAGUUUAUUCAUGCCUUUGAGGAGCUUGUCAUUGCGGGGAUUAGGGUAUUGGGGAGGAUCCCGAGUCUGGAGACGUUGCGGAUUCGCCACGUCGACCUAGACUCUCCGAUCCCCCAACUAAAUCCCUACUUCCACCUCAAGCCCUCCGGCCGGGUCACUGGCGUGUGGAGCGACGCCAUCCUGUCUGAGCUCGCACGUGCGCGCCCCGGAGCCCGCUUUGAUGAACUUUCCGAAUCUUUUUACGGCUGUCCCAUCGUCAGCCACAACUUCCUUUCCGUGCACGGCCACGGCCACGGCCACAGCGGCGGCGGUACCGCCAGCAGUGCGUCCAGCGUGAUGGGCGCGAGCACGUCUGGCUUGGUACCGCACUUAGCUACGCCCGGGCCGGGUGGCAUGGCGACCAUGCAGUACCUGACUAUGAAGGAUGGCAGGCCGGUGAUUAUUGGGCCGGAUGGGGUGCCGCAGGGGCAGGGGAUACCAAAGAUCAGGGCGGUGUCGAUGAAGUUGAGUAAUUAUGCAUUGUUGAGCGAGGCGAUGAUGGGGAAUUAA